AUGAAGAGUAAUCCGAGUGAACGUCAAUAUAAUGGUUGGCAAAAGUUUCACAACUUUUCAAAAGUUUGGGCCAAAGAUUACGCGAGACUUAAUCGACACAAAUGGACCGAUUUGUCCAAAUCUAUUGAUAUAUCGACCGAAUGUAAAGAUGCCAUCAUUUCUACCAUCGAUGGGAUAGAAAGACUCGACGACUGGUCCGUACAGAUGAUCAACUCUUGGGGCAAAUUUCCAGCUUCUGGCAUAUUUGAGGGCACUUUCACCGAUUUGGGUGCAUAUGAUCAGUGCUUAUCCAUUGAAAAUAACAAGAUUAUAGGUUCGGCACAGUAUUGUCUGAUCGACACGUCUCUGCCGUUACCAAAACCAAUGCCCAAACAUCACAAUCUGUUUCAUUUGGUCGACGUUUUGCCCGAUAGUCUCAAAAACAAUAAUUCAAAUAAAGCAUUGAAUAAGUUAUCAAAAAACGCGUCUUUCUUCUAUUGGCUGUCACUUCGGGUCGGAAUUUGUACACCAAAUAAAUGCACUGAAAAUGACAUUAAAUUAAUAACUGAAAGAGUGAUCACAAAUAUGGGUCUCGAGGUUAAGAAAGUGCGGUGCGAAGUGAAGACAACGGCAACCAAAUUGAAUUUGGUUCAGAUGUCGGCGCUUGGCUAUGGUCGAACAUAUAAUAUCAAGGACAGUUUAACUAAUCCAGUACUUCAGCCAAUAUUCAACGCCGGCAAUAGUGUGGACACAUUCUUCUUGAUUAGAUAUUUGCGAAUUACACCACAAUUGGCUGUUUUCAUGUUGAUCACUUUCCUCAUACCACUGAUAGGCUCCGGUCCUAUUUGGCACGAAUUUGUGGACCCAAAUAUAAUAGAUGUCGAGAAUAUGAAUAUAAUAGAUGUCGAGAAUAUGUGUUUACUUCAUACGUGGUAUUUGGCGGCAGACAUGCAAUUGCAUUGGAUUUCAUUUAUUGUAGUCAUAGCUAUGUUUCGGUCCAUUAAAUGGGGAAUAUUUCUAAUUAUUGUCGCUAUAAUUGCAUUCUUUGUCUCCACAUCUGCUGUGGUUUUCAUCAAUGAUUUUCCUGCCGUUUAUACAAACACUGGCCGAACUGAAUUCUAUGUGAAUGUCUUUACAAAUGUUGUAUAUUUUCGGCCGACACCUCACGGAAUAUCAUUCUUCGUUGGCUUCGGUUUGGGUUAUUUGAUUCAUAAGAAGAGAGUCGUUAAACUGUCAAAGACAAUGCAAGUACAGAGGCGUAACUAA